CCUUGGAACACGCGUUUCUACGAAACUGCGAACUUAGUCCCAGUUUUUUGGUCGUUGCAUUAGAUAAAUUAGUGACCAUGGCUAUCCGUGUAUUGGAAAUAAUAUUUUUCUUCUAUUUUGCAUCUCACAUUCCUAUCACGUUAUUUAUUGACUUACAAGUCCUGCUCCCUGGACAUGUGUAUCCCCAGCCGCUUAAAGAUCUUCUGAAGUGGUAUGCAGAGGAGUUUAAAGACCCUAUGGUGCUAGAUCCCCCAGAGUGGUUCAAGUCUUUUAUUUUCUGCGAGGCUGUGUUUCAAGUGCCUUUCUUUCCCAUAGCAGCGUAUGCUUUCCUUAAAGGCAGCUGUAAAUGGAUCCAGAUUCCUGCCAUCAUGUACUCUACACAUGUGGCCACCACACUGGUCCCAAUCCUAGCCCACAUACUUUUCUAUCAGUUCCCUAUGAAACCCCACCCUGGACCCCAGACCCUGCUGGAGCGCUGGCAGCUAGUCUCCAUAUACAUUCCAUACCUACUAGUGCCUGUGCUGCUGCUCCUCACCAUGGUGCUCUCCUCGACAUACAGCUUCACCUCUAAGUCUGAACAUACAUCAGCCAAGACCAAGAAGAUGAGCUGAAACAUUACUUCUUUGCAGCUGUCUAUUACACUCUCCAGAAAAUAUUUUUCUGCAUUUCAGAAUGUACAGUUUCUAUGUGCACUGUAUACAUCUGAGAGACUGAGUCAGACUGCAUAAGGAAGAAACUGCCACCAUUAAACAGCCAGAAUGAGCACUGUUAAUGUUAAUCUUUAUAGGUAAUCACUUGUUUGUUGAAUCUGUUUUCCAUUUACAUCAGUAUCAAAGAAAAAUGAAUACAUUUAUAAAGGAGUCUAGGAAAUUAAUAGUAAAUCAAAGGGCUGUGUGUGCCACAUUGGCCAUUGGGCCCUGGUGGUGAAUCGGUGUGAGUAACCACAUGAUGAGCCUAUUCAUAUUUAUGUAUUUAGGUCUUACCUGAGAAAGACAAUAAAUCUGGUCUCAACAGAACUGUAAUGUUAUUCUGCAUACUAUUUAAUCAAAAUUCCUCUGAAGGAAAAAAUAAAAUAGCUGUUUAUUGCAUUUUUUACACCUUAAAUGUUAUAUUGCUUUUGGCAAAUUAAGUUGUCCUUAUGCAACAUGUAUAACGAAUAGCUUUGCAGUUGUUGUAGAGUUACCUUGUAUUGUUAAUUGAGGUUAACUCUUUAUCUGCCACAGUAAGACU